CCGCCCCGGGACCCCCCGGGACGAGGCCCGCCCCUCCCCCACCGGAAACAGGCGGCGGGACCGGCUGCAGACAAGCCUUGAUGAAUAAGGAUGACAGUCAAGCUGGGAGACGGCAGCGGCGCGGAGGAGGCGCUCAAGAAGCCCGGCAAGAGGGCAGCCGACGACGAGGACGACGACGCCGCCGCCUCCCCCUCGGGAGAGGGGCCCGGGGCCGGGCCGGGGGCCGGGGGGGCGGCCGGCGACCACCAGGACGACACCCACACACCCCCCGCCGCCGCCACAGACGAGGAGGACAAGACCCCCGGCCCGCCCUCGCCCCACGGCGAAGCCCCGGCCUCCGCCGCCUCGGCGGCCUCGGCGUCGUGGUGCGGCCCGCCGCAGGCCCCGGGCCCUCCUCGGGCCCAGGCCCCGACCCCGACCCCCGCCCCGCUGCUCCUGCAGCUGCAGGCCACCGCCCAGGACCAGCAUCACUUCCUCAGGUCCAGCGUCAGGCCGCAGAGCAAGAGGUUCAGGAAGGACUCGGCCGCCAACGCCGGCCCGGGAGCGGGAGGCCCCGGCGGAGGAGGCUCCGGACCCAAGGGAAAAGGAGCGGAUAAUGGAGGGGCGUCGUCAGCCGCGGGGGCGCCGCCCGUCCCCGGCAGCGGCCCGCCCGCGGCCGGCUCCAAGUCGGCCACCAGGAACCCAGGCUCUUCGGCUGGCGAGAAGGAAGAAGGGAAGAAGGUCAGGAGGCAGUGGGAAUCGUGGAGCACCGAGGAUAAGAACACUUUCUUCGAGGGGCUUUAUGAGCACGGGAAAGACUUCGAAGCCAUCCAGAACAACAUCGCCCUAAAGUACAAGAAGAAAGGCAAGCCGGCCAGCAUGGUGAAAAACAAAGAGCAGGUUCGCCACUUCUACUAUCGUACCUGGCACAAGAUCACCAAGUACAUCGACUUCGACAAUGUGUUUUCCCGCGGGCUGAAGAAAUCGUCCCAGGAGCUGUAUGGGCUGAUCUGCUACGGGGAGCUGCGGAAGAAGAUCGGGGGGUGUAUGGACGAUAAGAAUGCCACAAAGCUGAACGAACUUAUUCAGGUUGGGGCCACCACUGUGCGCUACAAAGGGCGAAAUCUGCGCAUUAAAGCUCCCAUGUGCCGGGCCCUGAAGAAACUCUGUGACCCAGACGGCCUGAGUGACGAGGAGGACCAGAAGCCGGUGCGUCUUCCCCUGAAGGUCCCUGUGGAGCUGCAGCCCCGAAACAACCACGCCUGGGCCCGGGUACAGAGCCUGGCCCAGAAUCCGCGUCUCAGGAUGAUCGUGGAGUUGCACCGGAAGGUCUCCAGCCUCAUCGAGUUCCUGAAGCAGAAGUGGGCCUUGCAAGAAGUACGCAUUCGUAAGACCCUGGAGGAGCGGCAGGUCCAGGACCCCGUGGGCGGAGAAGGGCGGGGCCCGCCGUCCCAAGAGAAGGCCACGCUGCACCUCUUCCCCGGGGAGAACUGCACCCUGACCCCGCUGCCCGGGGUGGCGCGGGUGGUCCACUCCAAGGCCUUCUGCACCGUGCACUGGCAGGAGAGCGGCAAGUGCAAAGGGAAUCCCAAGGACUUGCACCCGCUGCCCCCGGCCCAGAUCCUGGGCAUCCAGAGCGGCCAGGGGACCGCCAGGGGCCAGGUCAAGUGCCCCCGUGGAGCCGCCGAGGCCAAAGGGUGCGGGAGGGCCGACGGCCCGGCCGAGACGGCCAGGACCUCCCAGCCCGACGCCUCCCAGAGCUCCGGGGAGAGCUCGCCGGAACGCGGGCCCCCCGACAAGCCGCCCCCCGGCCUCCGAGACCCGGGGGGGAGCCGGGAGAGGACGAGCGCCGCGGGGGCGGAGGGGCGGGACGGUCCCCCCGGGGGGGACCCCGGCGGCGGCCCCGCCUGCGCCUGCAGCCGCAUCCCCGACCCGGAAGAGCUGUCGCUCCUGGACCCCUUCCCCCGCUAUAUGAAGUCCUGCCAGGACCUGAUCGUCCCAGAGAGGUGCCUCUGCCCGGACCGGGCCCCGGGGCCGGGCCCCUCCUCCCCCGGGGACCCCCCCGAGGCCGGCGACCCCGCGGAGGAGCCCUCGUCCACGCCCCCGCCUCAGGGACCGCCCGCGGCCCGGCCCUCGAAGGAGGGCCCCGCCCGGCUGGCCCAGCAGGUCCGGGAGGAGGGCUGGAGCCUCCGCACCUCCGAGAGCCUGACCCUUGCCGAAGUCUACCUCAUGAUGGGCAAGCCGAACAAGCUGCAGCUGGAGUACGACUGGCUGGCCGUCCUCGGGCCGGACGGGCCCGAAGCUCAGGGCCCCGACCCCGCGGUGCCCUCCUUCCCCAAGCAGCGCCUCCUCCGCUGCCUCCUCAAGCUCAUCUCCACGGAAGUCAACCCCAAACCGGCUCCGGAGGUGAGCACUGCAGCGACCGCGGCCUCCACGGCGUUGGCGAAGCCCACCCCAGACGAGCAGACGUUGACCCCGCCGGGGAAGGUGAUGGCCGUCAGCACCCGGAGCCCGCGCUGCGCCCGCAGCCAGUCCGCCCUCCGCAACAACAAAGCCUUUUCCCCCACCGCCGCCUGCUCCGGCGCCUCAGGUUUGAGAAACACCCCCAGGCCUCUUUUGGUGGCCGGUCCAUCCAGCUCCGGAAGCAGCGAUUCGGACGGCGGCCUGUUUGCGGUCCCGACCACCCUCCCCCCCAACAGCCGGCACGGGAAACUCUUCUCUCCCAGCAAAGAAGCGGAGUUGACGUUCCGUCAGCACCUGGACACCAUCAGUAUGCAGUCCGACUUCUUCUUGCCAAAGCCCAGGAAGCUCCGGAAUCGGCACCUGCGGAAGCCACUGGUCGUCCAGAGAACACUGCUUCCCAGACCCUCUGGAAAUGCGUCCCACAACGUCUGCUCUUUCUCCAUCCUGUCCAACUCCUCCAUAACGGGAAGAGGCUCAUUUCGGCCUAUCCAGUCCUCUCUGACCAAAGCCGCUCUGUCUCGGCCCAUCGUGCCCAAGGUUCUUCCGUCCCAGGCGGCGAAUCACCUGUCCAGCGCCAUCGACCUGGCAGCUAAGAGCGCCGGCAUCAUUCCCGGGAGCCCCCUCCCCGUGCUGGACGCCGAGGGCCUGCCGGCCAUGUCCCCGCUGACCCCGGACGAGGUGGCCUCCGCCGUCACGGGGCCGGACCUGGCCGGGGCCCACCGGAACGGGCACCCCAUCUCCGCCGUGGAGGGCCCGAGCGGUGGAUGUCGCGUUCCGUUCCUCAGCCUGCCCCCUCGGCCCGAGCAAGGACCCGUGGCUGACGGCUUCCAGGGCUCGCCCGUCCUCUCCCUGACAGAGCUGUCCAAGGCCCCUCUUCAGAACGGCCUGGCGACCCCGCCCCUGCCCACGUCCGAGGGCACCAGUACCCGCCUGUCUCCGCCCAACGUAUCUGCUCUGCUGGACAUCUCUCUUCCCGGCCCCCCCGAGGAUGUGCUGUCUCAGGGCGAGCCGGCCACCCAGAUCAGCGACUCCAUCAUCGAGAUCGCCAUCAGCUCGGGCCAGUACGGCGAAGGCGUCUCCCUCUCUCCGGCGAAACUGAACGGCAGCGACAGCUCCAAGAGCCUCCCGUCCCCGUCCAGCAGCCCGCGGCCAAACUGGAUCGCUUCUCCCAGCCACGAUCCCCAGUGGUACCCCAACGACUCCACGGACUCCUCCCUCAGCAGCCUGUUCUCAAGCUUCAUCUCCCCGGAGAAGGGCCGCAAGAUGCUGCCGGCCCCCGUGGGCACCGUCGGCAGCACCUCGCUUCUGGGCCCCAGUUUACUGGACGGAAACUCCCGGGACUCCUUCGUCUCCCGCUCGCUGGCCGACGUGGCGGAGGUGGUGGACUCCCAGCUGGCCUGCAUGAUGAACGAGAGCAGCAUCGACUACAUCUCCCGCUUCAACGAUCUGGCCCAGGAGCUAUCCAUCCCCGAAUCCAGUCGCCGAGAGGUCCUCUUCGAUGGGGGCGGCCCGCCGGCCGGGGACCUCUCCCAGUGACCCCGCCGGCCCCAGCGGAGAGAGCUCGUACCCCCCGCCCUCCCGCCGGCAGGAUCCAGGCCUCCGUCCGUCCCCUCCCCCGAGGGUAGACGGCAACUUCGGCAGCGGGAAGUCCACUGCAUCAUGGAAUGGGCGGACCGCCGAACCCCAGAUGGUGUCUGGGCGGGGCCACGGGGAGCCAAGGGGACCCCCGGCCGCCCCUCCGAAAUGGCUCAAGCAGAAUCUCCCGGCAGGUGGGUGCGGAGUGGGAGGUCCCCGGGGGCGUGGGGCAGAGCUCGGGGGCCACGGGGCUAAGCCUCACCUUCGCUCUGCAGGGAAGACACACCCCCUUAAAUUUGGAUCGGGCCUUCCCAUGGAGGCAGGGCAACAGGUGGCCGCCCGCUGCCACCUCCCUAAUCCUGCGCCGACCCCACCGGGGCCGGGUCGACCGACUGGAGGGGAGCCCCCUCCCCCGCGCUUAACAGCCGGAAGACGACGGGACCUUGAGUCGGAUCGUGGCGGCGGCGGCCGGGGCGACACCUUGGGGACGACCGUUAGUGCGGAGUAGAGCUGCCGUGGCCCCCGGCAGUGGGACUGGCCUUUUUAUUUAAUCUUUUUGGGUUUUCCGGCACCAAACCCCUGCCCAUCCAAGGACCGAUCCCAACAGCUGCGGAUUUUGCCCCUGACGUGGGAAGCAACCGUGUCUCUUGCAAAUACUUUUGGAUGCUUUUUUUUUUUAAAAAAAAAAAAAAGCCCAAAUGGUCCCGGUGGGCAGGGGGAGGAGGAGAACGGGGAUUGAAAAUCUUUGUUGUCCCUGUGGAUCUGGAAGGCAGUGAGAUGGCAGUUGGAAUUCAGCAUCCCCUGCCUUUUCCUGCCCCCACCAGCUUCCCCUGACUUCCUUCCAGGUGGUCGGGAAGAGCCAUCUUAAGGGGUGAAUCCCCCAACCCCGGGGGGGCCGGGCGGCCGGGGGCUUCUCAGUCCAGAAGGACUCCUCUGUUCCUUCCCGGGAGCGGGGGCUCUCCGACGGAGCCAUUCUGCCCGCCCCAGGUCCCUCUCGUGGCUAGUCUAGCUCAGGAUCCCCCUCCUUGUGAUGCACACGCUUGACCCUGACCGGAGCCCCUCCUCUCCCAGCCGUUCCCCCCCCCCCAACUCUUCCUGUUCAGGGAAUGCAGAUAAGGGCUCAGUGGUUGCCCACGUCCCACGUUGGGCGACUCCUCAGUUCGCAAAAGCCAUGCGUGCCCCACCCUCCCCCCGGGAGGUCCCCUCUCGGUCCCCCGCUUCAUCCGUUGGAUUUCUUUUGAGCCUCGCAGAUGAACAAACCCCCCACUAUCUCCCAACCGUGCGAGACUGUGGCUUGGAGCCGGAGGGGGCCAGGGGGCCGGCCUCCCGCUCACACCCUGGGGCGACGCCCUCACGCUCUCCGAGUUCCCCGGUCGUCCUCCCUUUGGCCCACCUUAUUUGAGAGCCGGAGAGGCUGCGGUGGGAUGUAGGGCCCCCCGCCCCCAGCCGCCCAACCCGCAGUCCCCUGCCCCCCAAGGCCUGGCUUCUGACCUGGAGCCCUCCACUCCCCCCGCGCUCCCCUCCCCAGAAGCCAGAGGCUUCCUAGAGGGCUGUGACCCUCCCCCGCCUCCACAAGGGGAGGGGUCAAGGUGGGAUCGUUGUCGCUCGGUGAGGAGGAGGGUGGAGAGUUGACUCAGAAGCCGGGACCGUCGGGUCCCGCCUGCCUCACCAGGGGCCACGGGCUUGCCCUGAGCUUUGGGAGGGAAAGAUGCCAGGUGGAGGCCGGGACGGGCUCGGUCGUCCCCCGGUGGCUUCUGCUCCUUCCCGGAGCGCUGCCCGUCUGGGUGCCGCCUCCCCUCGGCCGCCUUCCAUGUGCGCCCCUCCCCACAUCUGACUGGAGGUGACCCCCCGCAGCUCUCCAGCCCAUCCCCAUGCCCCGACGGGGAGAAGGCUGGCCUCCCUCCCUCGGCUUCCGGCCCCGAGGCGUCGGGGUCGCGCCUCGACCCCGGGGCGCCGGAGCGAGGUGGACGUCCAACGGAUCCGGUCGACAUGAAGACGGAGGCGAAGGAAGUGGUUUAAAACCUUCCAAAAGAAAUCAGAAACACCUUUUUGGAAGAGGCCCCUCCGAGGCUAGCAGAGACUCAAGCGUGAGCCAAGCCCGGGCCGAAGACCGAAACGGCCCUGGGCUUUCGCUACGAAGGCUUAAGACGUCCCCGCCCCGGCCCCUGGACCUCCAUUCCGGGAAGCUCCCCGCUCCGGUGGCUCAAGAUGCCAGCUGCCUCCCCUGCGGGCAGGGCGGGUGCGUGUCGUUCCCCGGCCGGGCCGUCCUGCAAGCCGACCCUGGGCGCGACAGAGGCCCCGGUGGCAUCGUUUGCAGCGAACACUUGCCCGGGGGAGAACAGGAAGCGGCUUGUUCCCUUCCCCGGAAGUCCGUUUUUUGGCCUCAUUCCGGAUUCUCCUCGGCGGGCAGGAGACGGCAUCGGAGAACGUGCCCCCGCCACGAGCCCGAAGCCCUUUUCCAGACAGCAGGAUGUCAUCAGGGGCCCCCCAGCUCUGCAGCCCCGUCCCCUCCAUUGCUGCCCGUACACCGGGGCCGAGAUGGAGCCCCCAAACCCGAUACGGGCCGGAGGGCCUUCCAGCAGCGACCAGAAGCCCAUCCUUGGAACUUGGGUGGGGGAACCACCACCGAUCCACCAGGUGGCCGGGCGGCGGGCGAUGAGCGCAGGCCCACGUCUCCGCACGCGUCCCCCGGCCUGCUCUUGGGCUCGGGAUGACCGUCCGCCCACCGUGUGCGCGCACACACGCACACACACACCUUCAAGCCUCCAACGAAAUCCCGGAUCACGUAGCUCCAUCUGCACCCACAAGUGACGUCUCGUGCGCUGAAGCCACCCCCCUCCCCGGACCCCACUCCCAACCCAUGAAGGGAAAGCGCUAUCGCAUUCUCUUUUUACACUCGGAGAGAAGACGCAUUUGUAAAGAAAUACUGCACUUUGAUUUUUUAGAAACUUCUGGAACCUUUCAAGAUCUCCCCGUUUCCCAGUAAUUUGUAAGUGACGUUCCAAUAAGCGAAACCUCAGAAGCACUACAGUAACCUGUGGUCGUCCGUGGUCGGAACAGGAUCGACUGGCUUUAGAUCUUAUGGUGUGGGCAGCAGAACCCGUCGCUGUUGGUUUUAAAUAAUAGUUAAGCCAUAUCAUCUAAGGUUUGGGGCUUGUAAGAGAUGUGAAUUUGUUUUAUAGAUUAUAAAUAGACACAGUGUAUGUAUAAAGCAGAAUGCCCGUCUUUCUCGAUUAAUUUUUUUGUAUCAUAUUGUAAAUUAUAUUAUUUAUUCUUUAUCAAUUUUGGAAAAAAAAGGUGUUUUGGUUAUUUAAUAUAAUAAACUGUUAAACUUCCUAUGUUUCAAUUUGCAGUUCAACUUGUAAAUCCGUUUUUAUUAUUGUGCAUAAAUACAUACUAAUACUUGAUCUAA